GCUCGCCACGUUCUCGUUCGCUUUCGCGUUUUCGGUUCGCGUUCGAAUCCCACUGGUUCUCCCUUCGAUUCUCUUGCAGAUUCCCCACCUACAUAUGUGGGUACCAGUACCAGUCAACAUGGUUGUCUAAUUCUAAGUAAAUGCAUAUUAAGUACUUAUUUCGAUUUUGGGCCCUACUUAUUUAGCAUCUACGAAGUACUUUUAAUUACUUGUUGCUUUGCUUGAAAUUAAAGCUGAUUUAUUAAAUAAACUCACCUGAAAGCUGUUUCAAGUUCGCAUUGUAUAAGCAAAACAUAAAGCUGCAACUGACGAAAACUGAGAAACUGGAUCUCAAGUGUCUGCAGUCUGCUUAUCUUUCUAAGCCAGGCUUACAAAAUUAACAUGUAAUUUAAGAACCAACCAAAGGCCGCGUAUCUGACUUACAAGAGGAUGUCAUAAGCAGAGAUCAAAACAAACACGAUUUACGUGCGUUUUAAUAAAAAAAAAACAUUCGAAAUAUCUUAAAAUUUUGUAACCAAAAAUGUGCAGGGUACUUUAAAAUAUGUCCGAACUUAUCUGUAGGCAAUACGCAAUAUUAAGUUAAUAAACAAUGUUAAAGUAAAUAAUACUUCAUUUGGAACCUAACACCUUCAUGUAUUUCAAAUAUACUAGGAUAAUGUUGUUGCCAGAUAUGAAUUUGUCCCAUAUUCCCUUGAAUAAACUUUUCCUUUCUCAGUUAUAUAAAUAAAGCACUUUAUAAAUGGGACUUGCAGAACCUAGAUUUUAUACAACAGACGGCUUAAGUUAUGCCAAGGAAUUUCAACUUCAAUUUGUGUAAUCAGCAUUUGUCCCUAUCGAACCAAGUUUUUCAAUUAUAGUUUUUAAUUUCGGGGUAACGGUGCUCAGACAGCAGUACGCGUAGCGGGUUGGCAACUUCGAGUCGAGAUUACCAUCUAUUGCUGCUCCGUGGAGCGUUUGACAAUGUGGCUCUCCCAGUCCACGAGACGGAGACGGAAGCCAAACCAAAGCCCAGACUGUGGCCCUUUGGUAUAAAGGUUUUGGCCUAAGCCGAUCGUGGUUCAGUCUGCAGAGCUACGCGAGUGCAAAUCUUCGGUCUUCGGUCAGGGGUUACUGUGUGGAGCGUAUUUGGACUAGAUUGGCGAAGACAACUCCUAUAGCCUGUGGUAGUGUAUAGCGGCGAGUGAUCAGGUGGAAAAUGCAUCUUCCGGCUCUUGAUGACUUCUAUCAGCGUCUUCUGUUUCUGCUGCCGUUCGCCGCAAAUUUCAGGUCGACUGAUUUCGACUAUAAGUCCCCGGAGAGGUGGCCGGAAAAAUACCCAAAUUGUGGUGGAUCAGAACAGUCGCCCAUUGCGAUUAGCAGACGCAAGGCGAUACCCCUUAACUUGCCGCCUCUGGUUUUCGCACUUUAUGAUGAGUUCUUCGAUGAGCUGGUGACAGUUAGGAAUAGUGGACACACAGUGGAAUUUAAGGUUCCGACCACGAUCUAUGGCUUGCGGCCCUACGUAACAGGAGGUCUCUUGCGGGACUGCUACGAUGCGGAGGCCGUGCACUUCCAUUGGGGAUCCCCCGAGAGCAAGGGCUCGGAGCACCUGCUCAAUGGACGCCGCUUUGAUCUGGAAAUGCACAUAGUCCAUCGGAACACCAAGUAUUUAAACUUUGAGGAGGCUGUUAAGUACAGCGAUGGCGUUACUGUACUGGCGGUGCUCUUUAAGGUUGUUCGGUCGGGACCCUUCUUUUAUCAGCCCGGACUCAGUGAAAUCUUUGGUUCCCUCCUCCAUUUGGGCAACUUUAAUGCCAGCUACACUGUGCAGGAACGGCUCAGCCUUGGAUCCUUGUUGGGAUCCCUUGACAGGGGAAACUUUUACACGUACAAGGGCUCCCUAACGACGCCACCAUGCUCACCGGUGGUUCAGUGGCACGUGUUCGGUGAGGUCCUUCCCAUUUCGCACCAGGAUCUGCCCAAAUUCUGGAACCUCCGAGAUGAGCGCAGUCGGCCGUUGCUAAAGAACUUCCGGCCACUACAAUCGCAGGAGAAUCGACUGAUAUUCCACCGUCAACAUAUAGUGCCGCUGCAGCAGGAGCACCUGCAAGAACUGAUAUGGCUAUAGCAAUUAGAUUAAAUCUAACACCAUCUCUGUAAAUGAAUUCUAACACCCUUUAUUUAGAUUGAAUCUAACACCAUUUAUUUUUUUAAAAAGCAAAGUAUUCUAUAUUCAUUA